UCUCCCCAUGCCCAACUCGACUGUUGGUAAGUGCUUCCAUUUGUACAGCAAACAAGAAUCACACUGAACUCCGUCCAGGCUUGUCUGCCAGCGCUCCUUACAUUCUGAUGUACACUACCUCGACCCCGACCGUCAUCAUUCCUCCUCGUGCUAGGAGUGACACUCCGAAGGUGGUGGUCCCUCCUAUUGGAGGUUCUCCGCAGAUUCUCACCAACCUCACUCACGUCAUGGGAGUGCGCAUCGCCGCUCUUCAGCCUCACGACACGUCUGGCAAGUCUCAGAAGCUCUUCGAGAUGUGCUCCAAGAUGUCAAUGGACGACUGCGCUAGACUGAAGGACACCUUCCCCGGCAGUGCUAACAACAACACCGAUUUCCCUGGAUUCGAGUGCCCUGUUCUCCACCAGGCUCUCUGCCAGAACGGCAACUUUUCCAACUCUGCGUCGGUGGUGUCUGAGAUCCAGGCCUCGUUGUCUUACAUUUUCGCUAUCCAGCUCCAGGCCGGUGCUGGUCUCUGGGAGGGCCACAACGACUUCACUGGACACCCCAGUUCCGAGGGGUUUGUCAAGUUCAACGCAUUCGUCUGUCAGCACCUCCGUCAGCAGAACAUUGAGGCCAUGGGCAUGGACCCCAAGAUUGUCACGGAUGCGAUCUGCGCCAGCGGUCAAACCGUCAAUCUCUUCGAGUUUGCUUACGGUUCCAUUUCCCCAGGUAUGAAGGACGCCAUUGACCAGGACUCGUAAGUCUACAUUCACAAGCAUCGCUUUGGGUCGAACUGACAUCUUUGCAGGACCAUCCUCUUGGGCUACGAGUACCAGCUUCUUGGCAAGGAAGAUG